AUGCGCAGAUGGGAAGAUGAACUGCGCUUCGACGCGAAAGAUGCUCUGCCACGAUUGACACCACAACAACGCGACGUCAUGAUGGCAGCGUGCAUCGGAUUCCGACUCAAAUACAACCCCAACAAAGAAUGGCGCGCGGAUCGUCUCAAGCAAGCUCUGACGGCUUGGAGGCAAGGCUUGCAAGCAGAUAAGCAGAGUCGCCAACCUCGAUGGAACGCAGCCCAUAUAAGGAAGACCGAGGAACACAUAGCGAAGACUGAGAAAGCAAUAGCGGCAGACGCAGCGGCUAGGAAAAAGAAGAGCGACGAUGAAAUGAAGGCGUUUUUCGGGGGGUUUUGGGGGAAUGCUUUUGCUUUAGCUACUUUAGCAUUCUUCUCCAUCGGCCCACUUGCCAACUUCGUGUUGAGUUGGAUCCUGACGCCUGGGGUCAAAAAGCGCGAGGGAGCUAUACUGGCUCGGAAAAUCAUAUUAAAUCUGGACCGAUGCCAAAAUUACAUCGAUGAGGAGGAUCAUACCCUGUUCAACCUUCAACUUGUGGCCCUUUUCCAGGUCUCUCUUGGGUACGAAGCCCAAACUCGACGUACAAACAUUGAAGCCCAACGCCUUCAACUGCCAUUCUCUCUUCUCCUCAUCUUAUCAUUCUUAGUCGACAACCUGCCUAUCCGUUACGUUGCGAGACUCAACGCUUUUACCUGCGAAAUGUCGCCUCUCUUCAUGACCUUUGAUCAAUAUUUCUGA